AUGAGUGGGCUCUUUCAAAACAUCUACCAUCUCCGCCGGGUAGCAGACACCGCCGCAAAGGCGUGCUAUGUCUGCCACAAGCCCUCGAGCAGCGUGAUGAUCACGCCCGACAACAAGGAUUUCUUCUACGUUUGUCCUGUUCAUCUGAAGGAUCGGCAUUUUUGCUCUCCUAUCGUUGACACAGAGGACGAGGAAAAGAAGAAGAAAGAAGAGGCAUUAGCAAAAGAAAUCGAGAAAGUAAAGAAGGAGUAUGAAGAGAAACAAAAGAAGAAGAAAGACAAGACGAAAGAAAAGAAAUCCGACGAAGAGUCAAAGAAGGAAGAAGGAUCAUCCAGCGACAAAAAGGAGGGCAAUGACGAAAAGGAACGAGACGAUAAGGUCUAUAUCCUACCUCCCCUACCCCUUCUCCCUCACCCCCCAGCCGCUCAGGCCUUGGACAUCGAAUCCCUCAAGAAGUCAGCACAACCCACGUCCACGUCGGAUGACGGGCCUCGUAUUUUCGCAUUGCAUAAAAAUUUCUACCAGAUGCGCAUCGACAGACUGCGUAAUCUCGAGGCUGCCAAGAGAAAUCGCCAGCGCCUGCAGGAUCCCUCAUUUUUCCCGUCUGUCCCGUCCGGAGGGCUCUGA